AUGGUAUACCCCUUCAGUGACUUGGUCUGGUCCUUGGCCUCAGAAUCCCGCCUCUAUACCUUUUCUCAAGACACGAAGGAUAACCUUCGCAAGUUUCGUCUCGGGACGUCGCGAUCCAACGACCCGCAAGCCGUCAUCUACCUGAUUGAUAAGAAUACGCAUGAAAUUCGCCAAGAUGAAGAUCUCAUGACCUACAAGUCCCUGGACGCCCUGGCCGAUGACCUACCCGACCACAGCCCACGCUUCGUUCUUCUCAGCUACCCGCUGACUCUGCCGUCCGGUCGGUUGUCCGUGCCCUACGUGCUGCUCUACUACAUGCCUACGACCUGUAAUAGCGAGCUCCGGAUGUUGUAUGCUGGCGCCAAAGAACUGCUGCGGAACACGAGCGAGGCGGGCCGAGUGAUCGAUCUUGAGAGCAUUGACGACUUGGAGGAAGUCCCGAAGAAGUUGGCAGCCGAAUGA